CUGCGAUGGAAACCUUUUGAGAUCCCAAAAGCCCCUCAGAAUAAACUGGACUUUGUGAGCGGACUGCACACCCUGUGCGGCGCCGGGGAGCCCAGGGGACGCAACGGCAUCGCCGUCCACGUUUUCCUCUGCAACACCUCCAUGCUCGACAGAUGCCUUUAUAACUCGGAUGGUGACUUCCUGAUUGUGCCUCAGCAAGGGAAGCUCCUCAUCACAACUGAGUUUGGGAAGAUGCUUGUGGAGCCCAACGAAAUCUGUGUCAUUCAGCAAGGAAUGCGUUUCAGUGUGGAGGUGUUUGGAGAGACCAGAGGCUACAUCCUGGAGGUGUAUGGGGCACACUUUGAGCUGCCUGACUUAGGACCCAUCGGCGCCAACGGUCUGGCCAACCCACGUGACUUCUUGGUACCCGUUGCCUGGUAUGAGGACCGACAAGUGCCGGGGGGCUACACGGUGAUCAGCAAGUACCAGGGCAAGCUGUUUGCAGCCCAGCAGGAUUUCUCCCCCUUCAAUGUUGUAGCCUGGCAUGGGAACUACACGCCGUACAAAUACCACCUGGAAAAAUUCAUGGUCAUUAAUGCUGUCGCUUUUGACCACGCGGAUCCUUCUAUCUUCACUGUCCUGACAGCCAAGUCAACCCGUCCUGGAGUGGCCCUGGCUGACUUUGUCAUAUUCCCCCCACGAUGGGGGGUAGCUAACAACACCUUCCGCCCACCGUACUACCACCGGAACUGCAUGAGUGAGUUCAUGGGGCUCAUCAAAGGCCACUAUGAAGCAAAGGAAGAAGGCUUCCAGCCUGGAGGGGCCAGCCUGCACAGCAUGAUGACUCCUCAUGGGCCAGAUGCUGACUGUUUUGAGAAGGCAAGCAAAGCCAAGCUGGAGCCUGAGAGGGUUGCAGAAGGGACCAUGGCCUUCAUGUUCGAAUCAUCCCUCAGUCUCGCCGUCACGAAAUGGGGCCUCCUGACCUCCAACCGCCUAGAUAAAAGCUACUACAAGUGCUGGGAACCUCUGAAAAGCCACUUCAACCCUAAGUGCAAGUAAAGAGAAGUAUUGUUGUUUGCAAUACCUGAGCAAAGGCAGGGAAAUCCAGCAUACCU